CCCGGUAGCGACAGCGGCGGCGGUAGCCUCGCGCAUGUGCAGAGGCGGCGGCGGCUGGGAGCGAGAGCUGGAGCCAUGCCGGGUCUGCUGCUGGGCGACGAGGCGCCCAACUUCGAGGCGGAGACCACGCAGGGCCGCAUCCGCUUCCACGACUUCCUGGGAGACUCAUGGGGCAUCCUCUUCUCCCACCCAAGGGACUUCACGCCUGUCUGCACCACAGAGCUUGGCCGGGCGGCGAAGCUGGCGCCCGAGUUCAGCAAGCGCAAUGUGAAGAUGAUCGCCCUCUCCAUUGACAGCGUCCAAGACCACCUCUCCUGGAGCAAGGACAUCAAUGCAUACAAUGGGGAACAACCUGACGAGAAACUCCCCUUCCCCAUCAUUGCUGAUGCGAACCGGGAGCUUGCUGUCAAGCUGGGCAUGCUGGACCCAGAUGAGCGGGACAAGGAUGGCAUGCCCCUCACUGCUCGCGUGGUGUUUGUUUUUGGACCGGAUAAGAAGCUGAAACUCUCCAUCCUCUAUCCAGCCACCACUGGGAGAAACUUUGAUGAGAUCCUGAGAGUGGUGGACUCUCUGCAGUUGACAGCAUACAAGAAGGUCGCUACCCCUGUGGACUGGAAGCCUGGUGACAGCGUCAUGGUUGUGCCCACCUUACCUGAUGAGGAAGCCAAGAAGCUCUUUCCCAAAGGAGUCUUCACAAAGGACCUCCCAUCGGGCAAGAAGUACCUGCGUUACACCCCACAGCCGGAAUGAGUGGGCCUGCCUGUCUGCCCCGACAGGCUGCAGGUCGUUCAGCAUCAGGAGCCUUCCCCAAGCCCAGCUCCUGCCUCCCUGACACCGCACGAUCAGCAGCCUCAUACUGUCACGCUCACUGAUGGUGCAUCGCAAUACUAAACCAAUCCUACCCAUCCCUUUCAUCCCCCACACCCCCUCAAAACUAAAACCUGGGUGUUUUCUUGCCUUGAAUCAGCCCUGCAAGGAAGAGGUUAGCAGACCAGUGGUGGCUCCAGUGCUUGCACUGUGGAGUCUCUCCUGUUUGGCAUCAGCUGAGCUUUUCCUGGAGGCACGGUGAGAAGCAUAGUGUCAGCAGCCAGGCUCCAGAGUGGGCUCCUGCUGGGCUUACACGGCUCCCAUCAGGGAGCGUCAGGGGCUCCAAACUGCUGUGUGCCUUUCGGAGCAACCGUCGCUAACGCAUUAACACCUUUGUCUGGUCCCGUGCAUAGGGAAGGAGCUGCAGAGCCAAAUCUCUCACUUUUUUCUGCUUUCUCAUCUCUUGCUGGAAAGUUGAUUGUUUUCAGUGUUUUAUGGAAGAGGGAGUAGAGCAAAUAAACUGAUGUUCAGUAUUA